AUGGCCAUCGCGCACAUCGCCACCGAGUACGUCUUCUCCGACUUCUUGCUGAAGGAGCCGCCGGAGACGCGCUACAAGGGGCUGCGGCUGGAGCUGGCGCUGGACAAGAUCGUCACCUGCAUCGCCGUGGGGCUGCCGCUGCUCCUCAUCUCCCUCGCCUUCGCCCAGGAGGUCUCCAUCGGUGCUCAGAUAAGCUGUUUUGCACCCAGCUCCUUCUCCUGGCGACAAGCUGCUUACGUGGACUCCUACUGCUGGGCAGCUGUGCAGCAGAAGCAACCAUCCCAGAACAACUUAGAAAACAUUCCCCUGUGGCUGCAUAAAUUCUUUCCAUAUAUCCUUCUGCUCGUCGCUAUCCUGCUGUAUCUACCAUGUUUGUUCUGGCGCUUCACCGCAGCACCUCACCUUUCUUCAGACCUGAAAUUUAUUAUGGAAGAACUUGACAAAGCCUAUAACAGGGCAAUCAAAGCUGCUAAUAGCAUCCGCAGCGGAGACCCCAGGGACCCUACUGACUUGGUUCCAGCUGUUAAUGAGAACUUGACACAGAGUUUGUGGGAAAUAUCUGAAAGCCACUUUAAAUACCCAAUUGUGGAGCAGUACCUGAAGACGAAGAAGAACUCCAAAUGCUUAAUAAUUAAAUACAUUACCUGCCGUUUACUCACGCUAGUAAUUAUUUUCCUUGCAUGCCUCUACCUGGGCUACUACAUUAGCCUCUCCUCUUUGAGUGAUGAGUUUCUCUGCACUAUCAAAACUGGGAUCUUAAAGAAUGACACAACUGUUCCAGAAGUGGUUCAGUGCAAGCUUAUUGCUGUUGGUGUCUUCAAGGUACUCAGCUAUAUUAACCUGCUAGUCUAUCUUCUAGUGAUGCCGCUGGUAGUGUAUGCAAUGUUUGUUCCAUGGAGGUGGAAUUCAGGUAUUCUCAAAGUGUAUGAAAUCCUGCCAACUUUCGAUGUUCUGAAACUGAAGUCAAAGUGUUUUGAUGACUUAAGUCUUUACCUCCUCUUUCUUGAGGAAAACGUGAGUGAACUUAAAUCAUUUAAAUGCCUCAAAGUGCUGGAGAACAUUGCAGUUUCUGAGAAGUUCGAUGUCAUGCAACUUUUGGUAAACCUUGGUACUAUUAAGACAGAUACCGUAGAUGGGAAGCCAGGGACGGCUGUGUUGGAGAAGCCUGAAGAAACAACUACAGAAGAGCUGGAAAAAAAUGCAACAGAGCUACAAGUUUUGACAGACCAUGAUGCAAGUGGCAACGUGAGUCCAAGAGAAGAUAAAAAACUUCGCCAAAGACUUAUAGAUUCGUCAUGCUGAUGCUUCCCCACUGCAGCAGGCAGGAGCUUUGUACUGCAGGAGAGCUUCUCCUCCUCCUUCACUGCGCUCAACACAAGGUGCUGCUCUUUGAAUGCAACCGCCUCAAUAGUCUGACAAUUCCUCAGAGGCCAAACUGGUUUACAAACUACUUGUUGUAUAAUGAUCAGCAAUCAUGUACCUGAAAAAGCAUGUUGUAGGCUUUCACUAUUUAUUUAAAAAAAAAAAACCACACAAGGAACAACAAGAACAAAAAAUUUCUGUUAUGAGUAACAAGUGACAUGCAUUGAAUGCAAUUGAAGCUGGCAGGAGGAAAGAGCUAGCGCUAUACUGUAUGGGGAUGGGAAACAUAACCCUGUAGGUAACAAAAAGAGAUGGCCACGUUGCAUUCUGAAGUGUUGCUCUGCUGGGAGCAGCCAUCUCCGUUCUGGGGUUUAAGUGAGGCAUCUUGGGGCUCUCUGCCAUGGAAAAGUGUGUGUGUGUGGGGGGGGUUCUUUACUGAGUCUGGUUAAUCUGUACCAGGCGGUGGCUGGCCACUGAUACUGGCUGUGUCUUCACAGGAAAAACAGAGGUUGCUCUGUUCAGCCUGAGAUGUCUUGGUUAGCCAUCUCAACAUUGAUGUCUGGGAUUAAUUACUUGGCACUGAUAGAAAAGAAACUACAAACAGGCUUAGUAUAAGGGGGUACUGUAAAUGUUAGGGAUUUUGAAUUUUCUAUGUAUUCAUAAAUUAAUAAUGUCUUAACACUUUUUCUUACAAAAUGUAAUUAUAUGUAAGCUAAAUGUUAGUUUAAUUUCUGUUUCUCAGUUGUUUUGGUCUUAGUGACUAACAAAUCCACCUUGGAGUUUGGACUGAAGAUCAGUGAAGUUGGUUCCAUUUUUGUAAUGGUUUGUGGAAGUUGCUUUGUAAUGUUUGUAUGUGUGGAAUUUAUUUCAACAUGUUUGUAGUAUCAAACGGAACAUUAGUUGUGCUGUUUUCCAAACCCCGCUUGAGAAGACAGUCUUAUUUGUAUUACAGGAGUACCUGAGUGCCUCAGCAGAGCCAAGCACCCGAUGAUAGCCGAAGUGAGGUAGAUGUAAAUACGAUGAAAGGCUGUUCUCCCCACACACCUUGUGACUUAAUUUUAAUUAAAGAUAAGAUGCUGAAGUGGAUUGGAACAGGCAAAAGAAGGGGGAGCAUUUGUAAAUUGGAAAACUGUCCUGGUUUGUUAUUGGACUGUUUUGGGAGAGUAGCAUUCAUCUUUAAUGUUGUCCCCCCUGGCCAGGACCUCUACCUUCAAUGAACAUUAAAAUUACCUUUGUCUUGAAUUUUAGAUACAAGGUGAGGUGGGUGGGGGUUUAAGCACCACAAUGGCAGUGUGUAUCUUUCACAAACGUUAUAUGCUGACUUGUUUUUCCGUAUUGCCCAUGCAACUGAAAUGUUUUGCCUGUCACCUCUUCCAAGUUGUCUUUUUAGACAAAGUAGGACCUCUUUUAUAGCUAGGUAGGACUUCCAUUUUCCGGUUGAUCUGUGUCACCCACUGUUGUGUUCUCGACUGUUAGCAUUCUCUAUAUGGCUGAGGAUGAGGGGGAAAAAGAAGUAAUAUCGGUGUUACCAUCUUUGCACAGAACUGUUUAUGUGCUGCAGCAGAUUUCAGAGAGAUAGUGCACCUACUUGAAUUUGGCAGCUGUUGUUAAACAAGCGGAUCCCAAAGUAUUGCCAUACUAUACUUUGGGCUAGUAUUACAAGAACUCUUCAGUUAGUUAUUAUAUGGCUUUUGGCUAAGACAAGCCUUAUUUAAAAGAAAGUCUUUAAAGCCAUAGUAUUAUGCUACCUCUGCAUAGGACAGUAGCACAGCUGCAGUCCUAAUGUCUGUUGCAUUACCAGCAAGAAACAGGACUGGUGUUGGAUACUGGUGGCCCAAACUACUCAAUUUUACUGCCAUACUUCUUCCAGCAAAUGUACAACCCCUCUGACCUUUUCUAGAUUGUUUCUGUCUGGCUGUGCUGGUGUGUUGCUGAUGGUCCUUUGUAUGUGGGUAUUGCAGAUGCACAUUGUGCGUUGUGUGUUUUGAACAAGGAGCUAUAGUGCAAUACUAAGAUUUUGUGAUGUGGAUGUGUUUGAACUGUUUGAUGUAAGUAGAGUUCUCAGUCUUUAAAACUCGAAGCUCCUGAAAGCAACAUGUUCAUGUUUCAUGUUGGAUACGAACCUAACUUUUUACUAAUUCCCCUUUUGUAUUUAAAAAUAUGACUUGCUGCAGUGAAUCUCUCAUUGUCUUCUGAAGUGCUCAAUAAAAUAUGUAUCAAUUCUUGGUUAUUUAAAUAAAAUCAAUUUUGUGA